AUGAAAUUCUGGUUCUCUUCAAUGGAGGAGCUAUACAGUAAGCUAAAGCGUGUUUCCAAUGGUACUUGGGAAGAUGUGGAGUCUGACAUGGGAGCCUUCGAGAACAUAAUGAUCAGACUUCCCGUUAAAAACAUAUUAAUCUUCAAAUCCAUCUCAAAACUCUGGUACGAUGUCAUGUCCACAAACUAUUUCAUCAGCUUACACCAUCGUUUGUCCAAAAAAAACACCAAAUUUUUGGCCUUCUAUGAUCCCGGUUUGCUGCAAGACGGAAUUGUUCGUGGAAUCCAUCUGAUGGAAUCCAACGGGACUUACACUGAAUCAUACACAAACAUUCCCGGUUUUAGAAAUUUCAAUCACCCGCUUUUAAUCUCUUCUUUCAAUGGUCUAAUUUGCUGCAUAAGUAACGUGAGAACAUACCGGAUGUUUCAUGAUAUAGAGUUACGCAUCUGCAACCCUGCCACUCGUGAAGUCGUGAUCCUCCCUAACAGCCACAUGUCUGUCUACAUGCCCGUUUUCGGGGUUUUAUAUUCGACCAGAUACCAUAUAUACAAAAUUUUCAAGUUUUUCGGUGAUCCGAUUCAUUUUGAAAUAUAUUAUUCACAAUGUGAAGUUUAUUCUUCGGAAACGGGAAAAUGGGAACUACUUGGAAGAGUUCCUAAACAUCCAGUAAUGAAACCUAUGCGUACAUUGGCCUCAAAUCAUGUCUGCAUAAACGAAAAGUUAUAUUGGUUUGUUGCGUAUGACGAUGAGUUUGAUAUCCCUUCUUCGAUUCUUAUGGUUGAUAUGAAUUGUAAUUUUAAGGAAAUCCCACUUCCAGCCGAAGCCGAAGUCUUGGUCUUGAUCGAGUUACUUGGUCGGCUUUGUUUUCUGGAUUGGAUCGAUGGGGAUUUUUAUAUAUGGCUUUAUGAUGAGAAGAAAGGGAGUUGGGAUUUGGAGGAUAUACCCCCAUUUCCCGGUGAUUGGUUGGAAGUUGAUCACUUUGAUUCGGUUGUUGCGCAUAAAUAUGAGAUAUUGUUUGUUUAUAGAGAUGUUACAGGUUUGCGACAUGAGAUUGUGUAUGAUGUGCUCUAUGAGACGUGGAAAGAUUUCCAAAUAGCUGAGGAUGAUAGAUAUAAACCAAUUGCCGUGUUUCCAUUCUUCGAAACUCUAUUGCCAUGUAGUAAGUCUCGUGCUUUUGGUGUUAAAUAUCCGCAGGAAGGAAGGUUACUGGCGGCAGUGGUGGCGGUUUUCUUAAACUGUGUGUGA